GGGUGCAUUGUGUGAAACGGUAGUUAUGGGCAGCAGCUAGAAGCACUUCCAGUACGUCGUCAGCUGCGUGAUUGAAAGCUCGGCCACGUCCAACGGUUCGUAUCGCGUCUGCGUCCGACUGCCCCGGCUGCCCGACUCCAGCCCUGGGACUGGCCACUUUCGCCGCGGCGCCGUUCAGAAUUCAAUUUGCCUGCUCGGGUUCAGUGCGAAUUGAGUUGUCGUGGCGCGCGGCGGCUACAGUUUGGGUCCAUUGAUUGCUCUCAAAUUCAACUUGUUGUUUGGUAUUUUGUUGUUGCUGUUGUCUGUUCGAGAGCGUGGAACUAGUUGUCGUGACUAUCGGAGCGAACGUCUAGCGACAAAAUUUUCAAAUUAAAGACAAAACAAAAAAGGCAACGAAAUGAGCACCCAGAACGAGGAGAGACCCAGCAUAUCGCCGGCGCGCAAAGCUGCCUUCCAGGUAAUGGCCGGCGGCUCCGCCGGUUUCCUGGAAGUGUGCAUAAUGCAGCCGCUCGACGUGGUCAAGACACGCAUGCAGAUCCAGACACGGCCCGCGUUUGCCGCCACCGCCUCCUCCACGGCCGAGGUGCACUACACUGGCGUGUUUGACUGCUUUGCGAAGAUGUACCGGCAGGAGGGCAUCUCGUCGUAUUGGAAGGGCCUGAUGCCGCCCAUUCUGGCCGAAACGCCGAAGAGAGCCAUCAAGUUUCUGGUGUUCGAGCAGACGAAAUCGCUUUUCCAAUUUGGGUCGCCGACACCGACGCCGCUGACGUUCUCGCUGGCAGGCUUGACGGCCGGCACACUAGAGGCAAUAGCCGUAAAUCCCUUUGAAGUGAUCAAGGUGGCGCAGCAGGCGGAUAGACAGAAGAAGAUGGUGAGCACCUUUGAGGUGGCAUGCGACAUUGUCAGACGCGAUGGCCUUGGGCUGCGAGGACUGAACAAGGGCCUGACGGCAACCAUGGGUCGCAAUGGCGUCUUCAACAUGAUCUACUUCGGUUUCUACCACAGCGUCAAGAACGUGGUGCCAGAGAGCAAGGAUCACACCUGGGAGUUUAUACGCAAGGUGACCAUUGGCUUCCUGGCCGGCACGCUAGCCUGCUUCGUCAACAUACCCUUCGAUGUGGCCAAGUCUCGCAUCCAGGGACCGCAGCCAGUGGCCAAUCAGAUCAAGUAUCGCGGCACCCUGAGCUCCAUCGCGACCGUGUACAAGGAGGAGGGCUUCCGGGCGCUAUACAAGGGCCUGGUGCCGAAGAUAAUGCGCCUGGGUCCCGGCGGUGCCAUCAUGCUGCUCGUUUUCGACUACGCCUACGAUUACUUGUUGAUGAACCACUCGUAGUCGAUCACAAAAUAAAUUUAAGAAAUUGUUGUUCUUUUUUUUCUACGCAAGCCUGAAAAUGUUUAGAUCUUAUAAGACCCAAAAGCAUGCAUAUAAUUACAAUUCAUAUGUACAUGCAGCUUUGUAUCCAUAAGUUAAUAACUAAAUUUUUU